AAUGUUACGAGUCACUUCUCAUUCCACUAAUUUAACAGAGAGGAGGAGAGAGAGAGGCAGAGAGAGGCAGGCGGUGCAUUGGGGAGCCGAUGGGGGACCGAGAGGCAGGCGGACUGUCGGAGCCUCUGCAGUAUCUGACCUGAAAAGAGAAAAACACCGCCGCUGCCGAGAAAACCUACAGCACCCAAACGCACCGGGCCGGGCGGGUUUUUCUUCCUCCAGGUGUGUGAGGAGGUGAAAUCGCGGACGGAGAUAAAAAUCCUGUAACGUCGAUCGUUCAGCCGCCGUUUGUCUCAGAGAAACCCGCCGCUGGUGCCACCACACGGACGGCGUCCCGGUUCUCCGCACCGGACUACUGCAGAGCCACAGUGCGGAGAAAAAAGAGCGCCGUUUGGGCUCCAGAGCCUCCUGUUUUCCGCCCACGGAGCCGCCGCAGAAGGCGGAGAGCGGGACGCGGACUGGCCGGGGACGAGCGGCUCUCUGACGGAUUCUUUUAUUUUUGGCAGAAGGAUUAGUGUCGCGGUGCGGUGAUCUCCGAGAGAGGACAGAGCAGGUCUCUACCGCCCACCUCCACCUCCACCACUCACCCACCAACACCUCCCUCCGCCUCCACAGAUGGGUUAAAAUCGGUCUGUUCAUCCAGAGCAGUCCAACGCCUCGGAGGGUCCGCUCACACCUGCUCACACCUGCCUGCCCCGACCUGCGGAGGCCGGAUGAUAGUCCCACCAUGCCGGCGGGGAUGAAACCGCUGGAGAAGUUCCUGAAGAAGCAGACCACGGCGCUGACCCGGGCCGGGGGCUUUGUUGGCGGGGUGACAGACAAGGCCAGCGGGGGAACUGGGGCGUCCCGCCGGAGGCCCAGCCUGUCCCGGGUCGUACCCUUCUUCAGGGAGACGUCACCGGAGAGCGGCCAGGCUCGGGAAGUGUUCAGCCCGGACAGUGAGGACCCCCCCUCCUGGCCCUCAGCCACCGGGCCGAGUCUGGUCACGGUACCGUGCAGCGCUAACGGCUCCGGUUCCGGUUCCGGCUCCGGCUCUGGUUCUGGAGGAGGAGACGUCCGCAGUCCGUCUCUGUCCAGCGACGAGCAGAGCUCUGAGGCCAGCCUGAUCACAGAGACCAGCGGAGGAGGAGGAGGGACGCCUCUUCCUCCCGACACGCCAGACAACCUGACCCUCUCAGUGCUGGACAGCGUGGCGGGGAAACGUCAUGGACACUGCACAGAAACCCUGCUGGAUGACUUCAUGUUGACACAUCCCAUCUUCCUGACGGCCGACAGGUUGCAGCAGGUCCUGCUGCAGCAAUUCACUCUGGAGACGGAAGGGAAGGAGGGAGAGGGGGGAGGGAGGGAGGCGGAGGGUGAGAGAAGAGAGGGACGAGGAGGAGGAGAGAGGGAUGGAGAGAGUGAGGGAGUGAUGGACGCUGUGGAGAGGAAGCAGGCGGUGCUGCACGUCGCAUUUCGAUACCUGGACACCUACAGAGAGCUGCUGCAGGAGGAGGGAGAGCGUAGCAACAGCUUCCCCAAGGAGCUGUACCUGUGUGCGGUUCAGGAGUUGAGUCGGUAUCCCGAGCUGGUUGAAGACGUCCUCAAACUGCAGAGAUGGACUGAGAUCUUGCACUGCCCCUCUGAUGAGGAGAAGGAAAGCAGGAAGAAGCAGGUUCGUCCUCUGUUCAGACACUUCAGACGCAUCGACGCCUGCCUGCAGCCCCGAGAGGCGUUCAGAGGCUCCGAUGAGAUCUUCUGUAGGGUCUACACUCCGGAUCAUUCCUACGUCACCAUCAGGAGCCGUCUGUCCUGCCGAGUCGGGGAGAUUCUGGCUCUGGUCAAGGAGAAACUGCAGUACAGUGAAGACCAACCAGUUCUGCCUGGAAACCUCAUCCUGGUGGCCGUCACGUCAGCUGGAGAGAAGGCCGUGUUCCGGCCCAGCGACGAGGCCGUCUUCACCACACUCGGCGUCAACACUCACCUGUUUGCCUGUGAAGCCUCUGAGCUCGACUCGCUGCUUCCUCUUCCUGAGGAGAUCCACUGGACGCCUGGUGACAGCAAACUCCAUGACAUGUCAGCAGAGGAGGUAGCCAAUCAGCUGGUGGUGUUCGACUGGGAGCUCUUCAGCUGCGUGCACGAGGUGGAGUUUGUGUGCUAUGUGUUUCAUGGAGAGCAGUCCCGCUGGCGCCCCCUGAAUCUGGAGCUGGUACUGCAGCGCUGCAGUGAGGUGCAGCACUGGGUCGCCACGGAGAUCCUGCAGUGUCAGUCGCUGCCAAAGAGGAUCCAGCUGCUCCGCAAGUUCAUCAAGAUCGCAGCGCUCUGUAAGCAGCAGCAGGACCUGCUGUCCUUCCUCGCUGUGGUUCUGGGUUUAGACAACCCUGCUGUGAACAGACUGCGACUCACCUGGGAGGGUCUCCCAGGGAAAUUCAGGAAGCAGUUUCAGCAGUUCGAGAGCAUCGCGGACCCGUCCAGGAACCAUAAGUCCUACAGAGACCUGAUCACCAGCCUGAGACCUCCGCUCAUCCCCUUCACACCUCUGCUGCUCAAAGACUUGACCUUCCUUCACGAGAGCUGCAAGACGUUUCACGGUGAACUCGUCAACUUUGAGAAGAUGCAUAAAGUGGCUGAGAUGGUGAGGAUCAUCAGACGAUACAGGAGCAGCCAGCUGGCCAUGGAUACGGAGACGUCCCCCUCCCACCUGCAGACGAAGGCCUACGUCCGCCAGUUACAGGUGAUCGAUAACCAGAACCUGCUGUUCGACAUGUCCUGCAAACUGGAGCCCAAAGACACAUAAAGGGACGGACAGGAGGGAAGGACAAAGACAAGAAAGAGGAGGGAGAGGAAGACGCUCAAGCAGGAGCAAAUGGACAGAGGAAGGUUCAGGUAGAAUCAGUGGAGCGAGUCCUCCUCCUCCUCACCUGCCUUCUCCUUCUUCAGUCACCUUUUGCUCCUUCUUCUUGUCUCCCUCGUCCUCCUCCCUCGUCCUCCUCCCUCGUACUCCUCCCUCGUCCCUCCCUCGUCCCUCCCUCAUCCCUCCGUCAGCACCGCAGCAGCAGACAACUGAUGAGAACAACAGCAGACUGUGGCGUCCCGAAACAAAACUUUAUUCAACACAGUUUCAUUUCAGAUGAGAUGAGACCUCAUUGACCUGCAGAAAUCCAUGUUCCAGCAGUCUGAGGAGGAUCACAAACGGUCUUACAUCAGACCUGAAGUCACCAGGCGGCUGGCUGGACCACCUGGUAUUGAACAGGAGUACCUAAUAAAGUGUGUUCAGAGGGACGGCAUCAGGGGAAGGUGAACUUGUGCACAUCCACGUUCAUCAGAUACUCACUGACCUGAAGACAGACGGCCUGUCCUGCGAUGCAUUCGCUGUGCGUUAGGAAACAACCAGUGACAUCCAAACCCCACCAAUGAGACGCCUCCUGUGGCACCUGACCGGUCAGAUUAGCGACAGUCUGACCAUCUGACUGGCACCUGCCGACCUUUGACCCCCCCCAGCGAUCCGCCUCGUUCAACCAGCAUUUCACAGGAAACAAGAAUUCAGUUGUCCAAACCAUCGGAGAAAAGGCUGAAGGAUGACGAGUCUUUUUGGACCAACAGUCUCGCGACGUUUCCUGUCUUCAGGAAGGCGUCUGCUUUUCGCUCGGUGUGGUUGUCCUCUAUGGAAGCACACAGAGGAGGGCGUCAGCCGACUGAUUGGUUGAUCCAGCUUCCUGUUAGGGAGGCGGAUUUGAAACAAAACACGAACUGAGCCCAAAAUGUUCAGGAAAGCGUCUCAGCAAGAGGAAACAGUGAAGCUUUUUAAAAACGCCAGCAGACUUUUUAAAGGCCGAGCGUGCAGCAGCGUCACUGAGGCUGCAGGAGCAAACACAAACGAAAUGAGUCCCAGCUGGACUGCAGGUGGAAAUCGCUCACCUGUUCGUCCAGACCGCGUCCACGUCCACGCUGUGUGCUUAUCUGACCUCAGAUCAGCUGCAGAGCAAACCGGGAGCUCGUUUCUUUACGUGAGCACAGAGUCCUGCUUCAACCUGACGGUGACGAUGUGUUCACUGACUAACUCUGGGUCAUCACGGUGCGUUCAGGGAUUUGUUAGUGUAGGACGUCUGAGCGUAGAUGCUGGUUUUCUUCAGCGUUUCCCUCCUCUUUGGUUCACGACUCAGACGCCAUCUUUAAAGGUGUCUCGCAGUGUUUGGUGACCCAGCAGGAGCGUCGGAGACGUCACGUCGCCCUCUCUUUAAAGGAUCAUUCCGCUGUUUUUGUAUGUUUUAACCCGUUUACGUCGUGAACACGCUGCACAUGACAACGCGGUUGUCCUCUGAUGCGGUUCAGUUCCUUCCAGGCAGCCUCAGGUGUCCCUUGAUUUCAAACCAACCUGCAGGCCGGACUGAUGAUCAGAAGCGUCUCGUCGUCAGUGGAUCAGUAACGUUUAAAGUGUCGAAAACGUGUUGAUUUAAAUUUUGUAUUCUUACUCUUUAUUCACAGUCAUACACAGAGUGAAGUAAAAGUAACACUGACAUACAAGUACAAGUACCUCACAGUAGUACAGCACUCGAGUGCUUAGAGUACAGUUCACAUGAAUUAGUCUAAUCCAGAUGUUCACACUGUGUUGAAAUGAACAGCAGGCUGAUGAUGAGGAUGAGAUGAAGGUGGUCACAGUAAAUGGAUUAAAACAUGCAAACUCAGCUGUGACUGAUGGUCACACAGCAGCCAAUCAGCUGUGUUUACAGGAUGAUCGUCCUGAAGAGACGGAUAUGAACUAAAGAUUCUGCAGGAAGACUUUUUUUUCUCAUCGUUUGGGUUCUAACUGCCGAACAACCAAUCGGCUUUGAGGAAGGACCCGAUCAGCCCCACGGUGGACGGGCGGGUCAGAGUCCGAGGCAAUAACCAGGUGACAGGAAGUGAAGCUGAUUGGUCGACUUAUUGCAGCAACGAAGCACUUUUGCCAAACCUCAGGGCUCAGAGACACAGAGAGGUUUUGUUUACUCCUUCUAGAUUUUCAGCAGAGUUUGGUUCAGUUGAGUCCACUUGUGUUGCGAUUGGUUGGUUCUGUGUUUGUACAGCUGAUCACACUUCAGUCAUAUUUACUAUAAUUAUAGAAAUCUACAGAGUUGUUGUUUUUCUGCUGUGAUCACCACCAGGUCUGAGUCCACACGGGAUCAUCUUACCUGUAAAAACCUUCACCUGAAGUCGUUCUGUCUGAGUCCUGUAGGGGCAGCACCUCCAACAGCUAAGUCCUGGUGGACAGGAAACGUCUCACACGUCUCACCGACACACGUGAACAACUCAGACACUGGCGGCGUCUCGUUUGGUCGAGUCAAACGAGCAGCGCGUUUGACUUCAGGUGGAGGCUUUUGAUUGGGUUCGGUGCACUGAAGAGUUUGAUGAGGCUGUUGUUCAUCGUGGACAUUUUGACCUUCAGCAGCUCAUCAAUCUUUCUCUUUGCUAACAAAAACUGAAAUUUCAAAAGAUUAAAAAAAAACAAAAAAAACCUCAGAGUUAUUUUCCCGUGCAAGUUAUGCUCUCUGAUGAAAGACAUGACAAAAGGCAUCAUGUUCUGAUACAAAGUCAGUGACGAUAAGCAUCGUGACACGCUGAGCUGAAGCCGACCGUCAGGUUUUGAGAUCAAAGUUGAGGUAUAAUGAAUUGUUUAUUAUUCCUCUUUUACUCGUCCAAUUUUGAUUUGGAAAUUUCCAGUAAGUUGAACGUUUAAAGUAAUGUUCAGCGAGAUGACUAAAGCUUCGAGUGAGACGUCCAGUGGAUGUCUUGAGACUCUUCGGUGCAUCAGGACGGCUCGUGUGUUUGUGUUCGUGCUCAGCUCUGGCGGCCAGUUCGUCAUCCUCCAUCUGUACCAUAACAUCCUGUCUGAACAAGCUCAGUGAGGCCGAUCCCGUCCAGAGACAAGUCCACCUCCUGUCCACAGCAGAGCGACGCCCGCUAACAUCUCCGAAAGUCCAGCUUUCAGACCCAACCGCUAAUAAUUUAUUAAGUAAGUCAUUUAUUUUAUUCAUAAUUUGUUUCACGGCCUGGCUUUUAUCCUGGAGGUCGCUGGACACCACGGAGACGAGAGUCCAAAUUCAAGUUUGUUUGAAGACGAACUUAAAUCUUACUGAUCUCUGGUUUAAAGCAGAGUCUCUGGUAACCACACCCACCGGUGAUGUCACAGUGUACUGAUGACACCCUCGGUACAAGUCUACAUCAUCACCUGGCGUCCGGUUACACUUCUGCAGUGUUAAACUGCUGUAAAGGAGCAGUCUGCCGUUUUCCUUUAGUCACUCUUUAAAAGCUGCUGUCGUGUUUUUGCAGUAGAAGACCUCUGACUGCAGUUAAACUCAGGACAGGAACUUUAGAGAAGCCUCAGACCUUCCUCACAAGCGUUUUACAGCUCUUCAGAUUUUAAGCAACAUGAUGUGUGAACUGAGGCUGCUUUGCUCUGGACGGGAUGAAACCUGCAAAAAGCCUCCACCGUGACCAGACCUCACAUCUGAUCCAGAGUCUGAAAUCUCUUUGCCUUUUAUGAAAGAUCUUCACUGAAGUUCUCAAAAACAUGAGUUUGAAUUUCUGAGAAGGAGAGUUUGAAGUCUCCACGGCUCACGUGUUGUCGCUCCUCAGGCUGAGGGCGAAGAACGUGAACUCUGUGGCUGCAGUCUGCAGGUUUCAGACUAUUUGAAGGUCUGGUCGAGGCGGAGACGUUUGCGGCCGUUUGGUCGGGUACAGUGUGAAACCCAGCGAAGAUGACAUCAUCACUAGUCUGCCGGUGGCUCUCUCAGGACCACUUCCUGGGUGUCGGGCACCUCGUUAUGGAUCCCGGUGUAGUUCUGGGCAGAAACAGAAGUUCUGAAUCUCAACCUGAACAAAACCAUUUAAAAUGCCAAAUCUGAACUAAAUUGAACAAUCCUUGCGGUUUUUCGAACCAAUCAGAGCUUCUGCCUGGUUUUCUACUGGGAUGUAUAAUUUGGGGGGCGACCGAGCUCUGUGGUCGAAGCUGCCCUGCGAGUUGCCCGAAUGAAAACACUGAAAAAGUAAAAAAUGUGUACAAAAUGCAACCCUGUAAAUAGGCAAAUACUAACGGAGACUCUAUUUUAUGUAUGAACUGAGAGAGUGUUGCUAACUCAAGGAGAAAUAUUUGAUUUGAUGUUUUUUAUUUGUAAAAGUGAGACAAAGUGUACAGCAAUGACAGAAAGAGAAAGAUAUGAGGAUACAUUUAUGACUUUAUGAAUUGUACAGUUUAAUCUCUUCAGUUUGAUUGUUUUGUUGUUUUCUAAAGCUUGGGGUUGUUUCCGUUUGGGUUUUUUGUACAGAAGUGGUUGUUUACUACCAGUCCUUAUUUCUGUGAACGUCAGACGGACAAUGUGAUUGGAGCACAGGCCUGGAGGAGGCGGGGCCUGGAGGGUCGCUGUCCUAUCAGCCAAAAUUUAGAAAAACUAGUUGAGGCUGUAAUAGGAGAAUGAAUAAUUCAUAAUAAUUUUGUUGAAGCAACUUUAAGUUGUUUUUCAAUAUUCUUUAAAUAAAGUAAAUAAAUUGUGUGAGAACAAAAUCAGUAUUUUGAGAACAAAUUUCCAGUUAUUCAGCCAUCAUUUUGAGAAAAGUUGUGAGAGUAAAUCAUAACAUUUGAAAAUAAAUUUGGAACUGUUGUAAUUGAGUUGUAAUAUUAUACAAUUGUAUAAUUCGCAUAAUAUUACAAAAAAAAUAAAAGACCCAGUUGUAAUUUUAAGUGACAAACUGUAUUUCAGAGAAUUAAGGAAUUAAAAAAAAAAAACAAAAAAAAAACAUAAUGACAAGAAAAAGUCUAAAUAUAUUUAUAUUAGUUGCAAUUUUAUGAAAAGAAAAUAUUUAUCAGAGUCAAGUUAUACUAAAACAUGCUAAAAUUCCAAAUGUUUCAAAGUAUUACAGCCUUCUUCUCAAUAUAUCAACAAUGACAAUCUCAUAUUUCAGCUUUAUUUUUUUUUUCCUCAUAAAAUUACAACUUAGGAUUAGGAUUUUUUAUUUUUUCCCAAAAUUCUGACCUUAUGGUUUGUGAAGUCUUUUGGAAAGCUGAAUUCCACUGAAUGCGUGUUCAUACAGGGAAGAUCUACAUUGGUUUGAAGCCAAGAUGAUUGAUAGAUAGAUACUUUAUUGAUCCUGACUGGUGACUGAAAGGAUUUGAAUGUUGUCUCCUCCAGACUUGUUGCUCCCUCUGCUGUCACAUUACAGACACUGAAAUAAAACCUCUGGACAACA